UAGUGCUCAGUGAGAUGCAUGACUUUACAGACUUCUAUAGGCCUCUUCCAACUCAGUUGGUACACACACAGAGCGGCUUGCCACCCUCUUUAGACAGUGCGGCGCUGUGGAUAGACAACCAGCCUGCAACCACAACAGCCAAAGCAACAGGCGCUCGCCCUAAAAGUAGACGCUAUGCUCUACGUUACCUAAGAGCGCGCGAUGCUGCUAGUAAGAUCGUGCUCUGUCCUACCAACUUGAUGAAGGCAGACCCACUUUCGAAACUAACCUGCAGGGCCACUCAGCGUAGACUUCUACUACACCACGUAGAUAACCCGAUAACUAAGAGUAGCGACGAUGAUUGUGAUUCCUCUGAUGAUGAAACAGAUGCAUGGGGAUGAUUUAGCUUCCUAUAGCGUAGUAUAUUCGGUUUACUUUGGUUUCUAGAAUAGCGGAGCUGAGUUAGGGUUAAGCUCAACACUAGUCAAGGGAUAUGAUUGCCGUGACUUGAUACACAGCGAGGCUGUCACGUGAGACAGACUCCGACCCGCAUCGAUUGAGGAGGGGCGUUGGUCAUGUAUGGCGCAAGCCUCUCGGAUGUCGUGUUGUUCUGUUCUCAGUGGCUCACGCCAAGCCUUGCGUUCGACUGUCAUCGGGAUGAUCUCGCAAGGCAUGAAUGUCAAGGGUCAUGGAUGCUACUUCCAGUGCUCAAUCAUAAUGAUCAAUGGAUAGACUAGGCAUGGUUAUCCUGAUCCUAGUCGUAUGAUGCAUGUUCAGUCCGAUCCCUUCUGACAUGCUUAUGGUGAUGAUGUGUGGUUCAUCUUACCCAAUGAACCAAACAGGGACUACGCCAGCCAGUGGCCAUAAGUCACAGGCAGGCAUAUCAAGACUUGCUUGCUUUCAAGAUUCCGACUUUGUUUGUGUCUCCACUGAGAAACGAACCUGGCGCGGAGGCCUGUGUUCUUGUGGUCCAACAACAAUCAGCACCAUCCUCCCCCUUCUCUUUCAGCGUGUGCGCUUAAGCUUAGUUCAUUCUUCUAUUAGCAAGGAAAGUAAAGUUGAAAAACCUACAAUCUAUCUCAUACUCCAUUUAAGAAAUGGCUUCAAUUUUAUCACUCAAACAACGCUGACGCUGGCAAAUGUUGCGUCAUCAAAUUCAUUCACUCGCCCCUUGUAGUGUGUAAAAGGUGCCCUUAGAAGAUGUAGUUCGCUCUUGUCCAUCCACACGGAAAUAUCAGGAAAUCAAGACCACCGUGAUAAGAUCUUAUAAUAUUAUAAGUACAGAUUGAGCAUACUUAAUUAAAUAACGCGACAAGCUAUAGCUAGUGCUUCUAUGACAUGAUCGACUAGAAUUGGACCGCAGCAACCUAAUACCAGCAUCAUUGUUAUUAGUGUUAGCAGAAGAAUAUUAGACGGCAUCGCGUGGGUUUGCCUUUUCUAUAUCUUCCGUGAUUAUUUUGCGUUUUUCCUAGUUCGCGCUCCUUCCGCCACAGAAUAUUGGGAGAAGGAUGGGCAGACCAGGCAGAUCCUAACAACAGCAUCAACAUGUUGUAUCAUAUUUUUGACUAAGUAUAUGUUUGUAUAAUGUCGUUAAU